UGUGUGACUGGUUUCGCUACUCGCGUUUGACGCGGCGCGUCUAUUCGUUUGACGCGGCGUCCGGCGUCAGUACCGGUCCGGACCAGUGUUGCGUCAAGACGCCCAGCGUCAACAUGUCGAAAAAAUUUUCAUUUUCCUCGACAGAGGACGAAGCCUUGAUUACACUCGUGGAAAAUAAUAAAUGUAUUUACGAUAGUAGCCAUAAACAUCACAAAGACAAUUAUAUUAAGGAUAAUAUUUGGAAAAAUAUAUCCGAAGAAGUAGGAAGAUCAAUCGAUGACUGUAAAAAACGCUGGAAGAAUAUUCGAGACACGUACUUGAAGCAGAAAAAGAAGCUUCCGACAGGAUCAGCAGCUCCACAUAAAAAAACCCGAUAUACAAUGAAUUUAUCAUUUUUGGACACCGUUGAAUACGAAAGAAGUACUAUAACAAAUAUGGGCAUAAAUGAUGCUGAUACGUCAAAUGCAUCUACUACAGACGAAAUUGAACCUGAAGAUCAACAAAUCAUACAAAACGACGAAGAACAAACAGAAAAUAUUAUGUCCGAUUUGCCAUCAAGUUCAUAUGCAGGAAAACGUGUUCGGUCAAAAGACGAUAAGAUUUCUGUUAUUUUAGCCAAACGAUCAAAGGAAACGAAGGAUACCAUACUAUGCAUUCAAUAACAAAAUAAACUGUUGGCUACAAGCA